GCCGUGUCCCGCGCGGUGUGAUGCAAUUCUGACUCUAAAUAUAAACCCGUCCUGAUUAGAGAGAGCAUGGCGCUUCAUUAAUUAACUGAUUAAUUACGAGAUAAUAAUUAAACAGAUCUUUCAGAAAGCUGGGCGGAGGCGAGAUGGCGGACACUGCCGUGAAAGGCAAUCCGGAGGCGGCAGACGGCGGCGCGCCGGACGCAAAACACCGAUGGGAAUUCAUUCGCAAGGUCUACUUCCAUCUCUCCCUCCAAUUCCUUCUGGCCGCCGCAGUUGUUUACAUCGUCAUCGUCCUGAACCCUACUCUGCUUUUCUUCACUUCCCACCCAGCUGUUGUCUCUGUUAUUGUCUUUUCCAUUCUGUGCAUCGUAUCGGUAGCUUCAGUAAGGUGGAGCCAUAAGCAUCCUUGGAACUUCUUCCUUAUCACAAUUUUCACCGUUUAUUUUUCUUUAAUCACGGGAUUCAUUUGUAUAUAUAUGAAGGAUAAAGUAGCCUUGGAAUUCUCUAUCCUAAUUGCGGCAGUCAUGAUCCUUCUUACUAUGUAUACAUUUUGGGCCACAUGGAGGAAAUAUGACGAUUUUACCGUUCUGAAACCAUUCUUAUGUUCCGUUAUCUUUGUGGCACUAUUGUUUACAAUUAUUCAGAUAUUUUUGCCUCAAGGGAAGUUCGUUAAUGCGUUGCUGUUUGGGGCUUUGGCAACGAUACUUUACAGUACAAUGAUCAUAUACUAUACGAGAUUAACCGUCACCAUCUAUUUUUAUGAUGAUAAAUGGAUGGAGGCCGUUGUUGAUCUUUAC